UGACUGAAUAAUCCCAUUCCAGCAGCAAAGCAGCAGCAGCACAUGUAGAGGGGCACAGCAGCUUCCCAAGAGCCCACCCAAACUGCCUGAGGUGUUUUACCCCAGUGUGGGUGUUUGUCUAAUGUAACCAGAAAGCGAGGAAUCCACUCCGCAGGACUGAGGCGCUGCAGUCAGUAUAGGCCAUUAGGAAGCUGCGUCUGUAUCUUGCACCUUCCCAGCUCCCGGACAGGAACCAGCGGGGACCCAGGAAGUGGGUGCUGUGUAGGAACAGGGAGAAAGGUGGGAGUGAAAGGAAUCUGGAGGUCACACAGAUACAGAUAAGCAUCUAAUCGUACAAGACUUUUGCCAAGCUUGGAAGAACCCGGGAUGCACAGCAAUACCUGGACUGAUCCCUGGGACUUGCACAGAACACUGACUCACAACGGCUGAAUGGAAAAAAUUCCUAAGGCACCCCAGACAUCUCCCGGCAGUGUCGUCUCUUUAAGAGGGUCCAAUGUGCCGGGGUCACCCUCUUCCAUCUCUGCUCGGAUGGAUAGACGGGGUCUGGGGUAUAAGGAUCUUGCUGCCCUUCCUCGUGAUAAGGCCAUUCUAGAUAUUGAGCGUCCAGACCUGAUGAUAUAUGAACCACAUUUCACCUACACCGUUUUAGAAAACACAGAAACUCUACGCAGCCGAGAGCGCUCCCUGUCACCCAGGUCCAUUACACCACCACCAUCUCCCGAGGUCGCUGCAAUUUGGGCUGAGACCAAGUCUACUGCUAGUGGCCAAGUUGUGCAUGGAGCUCGUGGAGGAACCAGCUCACCGAGAGGAGGAGUCCAACAUUUCCACUGCCCAGAGUUGUCUCAGGCUGAGCCCAAUUUAUAUAAGAAGCCACCAAUCUACAGAGUGAAAGAAUCAGGAAUCUUACACAGACUGUCCGAUGACCCCAUCGUUGAAUCAUCAAAGUUUCCGGCUGCAAAACCACCAGAUCCCAAUCAGCCUGCAAAGAUUGAGACAGACUAUUGGCCAUGCCCACCUUCUUUGGCAGUAGUAGAGUCUGAGAGACGUCGUUCAAAGUCCAAAAGUGGAGAGGAAGAGAGUGAAGAAGGGGAGGUUGUGAGAGACCUACUGGACAUGAAGCUAAACAAGAUCCACUCUAAUCUGGGGAAACUCAUCCUGAAAGAGGAAAUGCAGAAAGGUGGCACUCCAAAGAGGAAGACUCGCUCCCUGCCUGACCGGACACCAUUCUAUACACCGGUGCACUCUGGGUACGGAAGGAGCAGCUUAACAAGGCUCAUGUCUGCAGAGUUUCCAGCUCCAGAUUGUCCAAAAGAAGGUGCAGAAUUUCAGGUAAGCAUGCCAAGGAAUCAUUUGAGUCAGGUGGCAAUGACUACAUCUUGCAGAUAUUCUGGAAAUAUUUAUUUCUCACAGAAUGGAGAAAGUCAGCGAUCGCGGAUGGACCGAGGCAUUUCACUUCCCAGCAUGCUGGAACAGAAGAUCUUUCCUUACGAUAUGCUAAUUGUGACUAAUAGAGGGCGCCAGAAACUGCCCCCAGGGGUUGACAGGACUCAGCUGGAGAGGUACCUGUCCCCUGAAGACUUCCAGCGCCUCUUCUGUAUGCCCGUGGAAGAAUUUGUUAAAUUGUCUCUAUGGAAGAGGAAUGAACUCAAGAGGAAGCUGCUUUUGUUCUAACCCUACAUGGGCCAUUGUCUGCCCUUCACCUAUAACAAGGAGGUGGUAAAGCCAGGAGAUGCGACCUCAGUUCUGUGCAGUCUGAGGGGGAGAGUGAGAGCUUGACGUGUGUUUCUGAAAUUACUGUCUACAAAUAUUAAGUGGCUCUACAUUGAAAGGAAACUCCAGUGCUCUUCGUAACUAACACAUACUUCAUCUGAGACCAUAUUGUCUUCUGAAGGGCCCAUCUCUUAGACAUAUCAUCAGAUACCUCACACCAUUUUUGGUCCAGUUCCUUAACAACCAUCAGAUACUCACAUACGUGUACAGGAACCUGCUACUAAACCUAGAUAAGUAAGAUUUAUAUCUCACAUAUAACCUGACGUAUGACCUCAUCAAUGAACCUUCUGUGUGGAAUCUUCUCUUACAUGCAUCCUAUACAAAUAUCAUAAUUCUCUUAGCAAGGUACAUAGACUUCUAUAAUGUUACUACAAUAUUAGCAUCAGUAAACAUGCUACAUACUAAGCAGGAUCAUGUUUUCUAUAUUAUGAAUACCCAGCAGCACCUUCAACAUUCACACCACCACCAGUACAUUUGUCAUGCACACUAGAAGCCUCAAUCACUUCUGUAGAAAUAUUUAGGAUGAUGGUGUGGGGAACAAGAUGCUGGGCAUGCAAUCAUGGCAUAAGUAUUUAGUAAUUAGGGGUGGAGGUGCUAUAAACUAUUGCUGUAAGCUGCCAAUGCUGUGCGUGUUUAAUGGGUGAGUGCUUUCACCUUGCUGCAAACAUCUCCUUUCAGUGAAAUGGACAUUAAGGCAAAUCUGGAACCAAUUACGGAAUUUGCCCAAAGGAACAAUUUCAAACAUUCCGUUGCUUGCUGUGUGGAAUUCUUUGGAACAUGCUUCUCACCAUUGAGACAUUGCCCAUCAUGUCAAGUCAUCUCCUAACAACACAUUUGCCUCUUCUUUCAUUCAUCACUUUUCAUCUAACACUUCCUAAAUUCCAGCACUAUUUACCACACUUUUUGCCACUUCUCAUCUAGAUUUUAACUUUCCCCUCAUCCGCCUGAAGUCAUCCUUCAGUUUGCUUUUCCAUAUGUGACUCCCAGAGAUGUUCCUUUCACCAAAAAUGUUGACUUAUGUGCCUCCUAUAUGUCAAGUCUGUCUUCUACAUGUCUCGUGUCCUUUUUCCACGUGGAAGCUUUUUUCCCAUAAAGUUUUGGCUUCUGAUGUAUAAUUAAUAUUAUUAAAAUAAAUAAAUUAAUAUCCAA